AUGCUUGCUUCGGUCGGCAAAACUAUCCUUCUCGGACUUGCCCUGGCAUCCGCGGGAGUCCAGGCCUGCGGUCAGGUACAAUGCAGUGGCGGUCACGGAUACGACUACAACGGCAACGGUUACACUGGCAACACCUUUCGAAUUGAGUUCAACCAAAUCGACGCCGGACGGAACAGCAAUGCUUGUGGACAAUUCGACAAAUGUAUGCGAGAGCAAGCUCCGAGCCGUGGCAUUUCCUACCGCGGCACUAGCUGUGCAUUUCCCUCCAAUGCACAAGGCGACUUCGUGGCGACUGUCAGCGUUGAUAAACAGUCUCCGGGCACCCAGGAGGAAUUGAUCCUGGAGUGCAUGAGCGCGGUGAUCGAAGGUGGCUGCAUCACCAAUGCGGGCGCAUGUUCCUGCAACGGCUGCUGA